GAACUCGCCAGCGGGAGCGCGCUCGCGGCCGCGCGUGCUCCGCUUUCCCGGCUCCGUCGCUGACGCGUCGCAGACGUUGGGGAACUGAAGGGAGCAGCCGUGGGAGCGGGAUGAACAGCGGCGGCGGCUUCGGUUUGGGCUUAGGCUUCGGCCUCACCCCUACGACGGUGAUUCAGGUGACGAACCUGUCAUCGGCGGUGACCAGCGAGCAGAUGCGGACGCUUUUUUCCUUCCUAGGAGAAAUCGAGGAGCUGCGGCUCUACCCCCCGGACAAUGCACCUCUUGCUUUUUCUUCCAAAGUAUGUUAUGUUAAGUUUCGUGACCGAUCAAGUGUUGGCGUGGCCCAGCAUCUAACUAACACGGUUUUUAUUGACAGAGCUCUGAUAGUUGUUCCUUGUGCAGAAGGUAAAAUCCCAGAGGAAUCAAAAGCCCUCUCUUUAUUGGUUCCUGCUCCAACCAUGACAAGUCUGAUGCCUGGUGCAGGCUUGCUUCCCAUACCGACCCCAAAUCCCUUGACUACACUGGGUGUUUCCCUUAGCAGUUUGGGAGCUAUACCAGCAGCAGCACUAGACCCCAAUAUUGCAACACUUGGAGAGAUACCACAGCCACCACUUAUGGGAAAUGUGGAUCCUUCCAAAAUUGAUGAAAUCAGGAGAACAGUCUAUGUUGGCAAUUUGAAUUCCCAGACAACGACAGCUGACCAGCUACUUGAAUUUUUUAAACAAGUUGGAGAAGUGAAGUUUGUACGGAUGGCAGGUGAUGAGACUCAGCCAACUCGGUUUGCUUUUGUGGAAUUUGCAGACCAAAAUUCUGUACCAAGGGCCCUUGCUUUUAAUGGAGUUAUGUUUGGAGACAGGCCAUUGAAAAUAAAUCACUCCAACAAUGCAAUAGUAAAACCCCCUGAGAUGACACCUCAGGCUGCAGCUAAGGAGUUAGAAGAAGUAAUGAAGCGAGUACGAGAGGCUCAGUCAUUUAUCUCAGCUGCUAUUGAACCAGAGUCUGGAAAGAGCAAUGAAAGAAAAGGCGGUCGAUCUCGUUCCCACACUCGUUCCAAAUCCAGGUCUAGCUCAAAAUCCCAUUCUAGAAGGAAAAGAUCACAAUCAAAACACAGGAGUAGAUCCCAUAAUAGAUCACGUUCAAGACAAAAAGAUAGACGUAGAUCUAAGAGCCCACAUAAAAAACGCUCUAAGUCCAGGGAAAGACGAAAGUCAAGGAGUCGUUCACAUUCACGGGACAAGAGAAAAGACACCCGAGAAAAGAUCAAGGAAAAGGAAAGAGUGAAAGAAAAAGAUAAAGAAAAGGAAAGGGAAAAAGAGAGAGACAGGGAAAAGGAACGUGAAAAAGAAAAGGAACGUGGUAAAAACAAAGAUAAAGAACGGGAAAAGGACCGGGAUAAGGAUAAAGACAAGGAAAAGGACAGAGAGAGAGAGCGGGAAAAAGAGCAUGAAAAGGAGCGAGACAAAGAGAAGGAAAAGGAACAGGAUAAAGAAAAGGAACGAGAAAAGGACAGAUCCAAAGAGAUAGAUGAGAAAAGAAAGAAGGAUAAAAAAUCCAGAACACCACCCAGAAGUUACAAUGCAUCAAGAAGAUCUCGUAGUUCCAGCAGGGAAAGGCGAAGGAGGCGGAGCAGGAGUUCUUCUAGAUCCCCAAGAACAUCGAAAACCAUAAAAAGGAAAUCUUCUAGGUCUCCAUCCCCUAGGAGCAGAAAUAAGAAAGAUAAAAAGAGAGAAAAAGAAAGGGACCAUAUUAGUGAAAGAAGAGAGAGAGAACGUUCAACCUCUACAAGAAAGAAUUCUAAUGACCGAGAUGGGAAAGAAAAAUUGGAGAAGAACAAUACUUCACUUAAAGAGAAGGAGCACAAUAAAGAACCAGAAUCAGUUGUGAGCAAAGAAGCAGAUGACAAGGAAGCACCAAGGACUGAGGAAAACCAAGUACAGCAAAAUGGGAAUUGUCAGCCAAAUGAAGAAAACCUUUCUACCAAAACAGAAGCCGUAUAAGACUGACAAGUGCACCUCUAAAUGCGCGCUGGAAUAAAAUCCAAAGCUUUUAAUUACUCUUAACAAGAUGUUAAAUAAUGAAGAAUCCAUUUGAGCAUAAAGAGAUAAGCUAACAGCUUUUCUAGUUGUUAGGUGGCUUUGUGGCCAUCUUGUUAGUGAGUAAGAAAAGAAAGCAUGGACAUCAUGAAGAUAACGAUAUUACCCAAACUCAUCUUCUAAAAUCUGUGCAUUUCCAUGGUGGCUGACACACUUGUCCUGUGGUUUGUUAGUGUUUGCCAAGAACCAUUAUAAAUAAAUGGGACAUCAAAGAUCCAAAUUUGUACUCUCCACAAAGACUGGAGAUAAACAUUGGAGGCUCUUUUAAAAAGUGUUAGUUACUGAAUUUUGUAUUGUUUUACUUUUUUUAAAUUUCAAUAUAUACAGAUGGAUGAUGUGCUUGAAAUCGGUGCAAAUACAUACCCACCCUUAUAAGUGCAGAAUAUGUAAGAAGUUUUAACACUUAACUCCACAGGAUUUAUAGUGAUUGUGUUAAAUUCUCACUAUUGUGUUUCUUUUUCUCACUGUUUAGGACUACAGUUUUUCUUUACAAUACUUUUACAGAUUCAGAUUCCUUAAAUAAGUGGAUUAAAAAACAACUGACAAUGCAUGCUACUACUGUUCUCUUUCAAAAAGACGAACAACUGUGUUGAAUACUAAUAAUAAUGUAUUAGUAUUCAGUGUUUAGAAUCAUUGGGUUUUCCCACAAAGUAAGCACUUCUUUUUUAACUUUCUUGACACUUCCAAGCUUCUUAUGAAUAAUAUUGUAGUGUGUAUUGUCAGCGGUAGAUGGCAAAGGUGUCAUUAUAAAAAGAAAACUUGGGUUUUCAAAAUGGGCUAUGGGAGCACAAGCAGAAGCUUUAGUGCCUUCUACAAUGUGGUAUACUGUUUUCUAGAAUUUUAUAUGUACUAGACAUUCUCAGCUCAUGGAAUUUAGAUGGAUAUUCCAUUCACUCCCAUAGAGAAGUGUGCAAGUGAUAUGUCAAAAGAGCUUCUUACUUAGUUCACCUAAUAUGAGAGGGAAGUUCCUCUUUUCAAGAAUGACUUUAGAGCUUAAAACAACAGUGCAGUUUUGGGACCAUCAGUUUUAUACUGUGAUCAUUGAAAAUGAAGCAUGUUCUUAAUUUACUUAAAGCAAAUCCUUUAGUUGUCUAUAUAGGAUGGCCUUAAUUAUUACCUCUCAAUCAUCUUCUCAUAAAUGAUGUGCAGAAAUUGAAGUUAAAGGAGAAUACAUGAGGUUGUUUUAUGUUUAAGGAUUUGUUUACUUGAUUUAAAAUAUAGGUCAUCCAUCAUUCUUAGGUUCACUUUUUGUAGAAAGUAUGCAAGCAGUAAAAUGACAGCAUUGCUAAUAUUUCCCCACCACCCUAAAAUAUAACUCAUAGUUUCAGAACUCUUUUCAUUAUUGUUAUAUUUCCAAAAAAGAGAUACCUUUUAAUUAGUAUAUUAUUGAAAAAUCAAGUAUAAUUAUUUUAAUACAAUCUAAUACAAUCAAAUUACUCAGUUGCCUUACCUCACGGGAAGAGUUACUUAUAGAUUUCAAAGCUGGGUAGCACAUCAGUUAUUUGGUUUCAACUUGAGUUUUCUUUUAAUACUAUUGAAACUUAAGUAUUGGGUGGGGAAUGGAAAGAAUUGCCCUUAUUGCAAAUAAUGAAGCCUGGUUUGAUUAUGAAGCUGCUUAAUUCCUCUUCAUGUGUCCAGAAUUACUGUGGUAUUUUUUCCCUUUUUGUCACUGUGUACAUUAAAUUUUUUGAAAAUGCUUUACUAUGUAAAGUAUAGAUGGUCAUUUUAAUCCUUCAACCACAUACGGUUGGCUGGUAAACAGCUUAUUCUGAUACAAGAAUGCUUGUAUGGUGACUAUGGAAAGAUCGUGAAGGAGUACGUAUGUCUUGCAUCAACAGCUGUCUUAUUUAUGAUAUGUAAGUAGAAUAGAGCAAAUGUUUGACUCUGUUAUUUUUAGUACAAUUUCUUAAUAAAGCUAAGUAUUUUAGAGGAAAGUAUUUGUUAU